UGCAGCAUUUUGGGUAGUUUCUAUUGCUAUGUCUUUAAAUUAACUGAGCUUCUCUCUUGCAGUGUCUAAUCUGCUAUUAAUUGCAUCUGGGAUGUACUUUAUUUUCAUCUCUAGAAGUUCAAUUUGAAUCUCUUGCAUCUUCUGUUUCUCUCCAUAUCGUAAUCAUGUUUUCUGUCCCUUCUUGACUGUAUGGGACACAUUUGUAAUAUAGUUUUAACAUCUUUUCUGUACAUUCUAUUGUCUUGGUUAUUUCUGGAUCUGCGCUUAGUGACUUUUAUCCUCCUGCUUAUGGGUCUUAUUAUUUUUCUCUGUAUAUGUGAUAAUUUUUGACUGUGUGCCAGCCAUUGAAUUUUAUGCUGUUACUUGCUCAGUUUCGUUGUGUUCCUUAAGUGGUGGAGUUAGUUGGAGUAUACAGCUAGAUUAUUUGGAAUCUGUUGGGUUGUUUUGAGGCUUGACUUUUAUCUUUGUUAGGGUAAGUCCAGAACAGAUUUUAGUGCUGACUCAGUUCCUCAACUGAGGCAAAUUUCCUUCUGAGGAGUCCAUCCAUUGCCUGAUAUGUUACAGAGUUUUCCCACGCUAGCUGGUGGGACUUAUUCCAAGUCCUGUGUGGCUCCAGGUACUAUUUGGCCUACUGCUCUCUGGAAAUUAUUUCCCCAUCCUCAGCUACUCAGCACAUAUCAACAGUAGACCAAGGACCAUAGGAAGCCCACCUUGCAGGUCUGUAAAGUUCUUACUGUCUGAGCUCUUCCUCCAGUACUCUGUUCUGCAAAUUCUAAGCACCUUGGCCUUUCCAAACUCUGGCCCCUGUUGCUUCAAUUCGGUGAGACUGCCAUACUGCUUGGCAUGCGUCUCCUUGUGUUAUGACCUCUUGGAUCAUAGUCUUGCAUAGAUCAAGUCUUGUGUUGUCUCUUGUCUCAUAGUGUCAGAAACUAAUGUUUCACAUAUUUUGUCCUAUUUAGUUGUAUUUAUAUUCAACAGAAUAUUUAUUUUUAACACUGGAUAUUUGGGAUUUGGCCAAAAUAUGUAUUUGGAGUAUUUAUUAUAAAUAUGUUCCCAAAUAUUAUAAAAUUAGAAAUUAUUGGAGACAUAUUUUCAGAAAUAAUUCAUUAAAUGUAGAGGUAUCCAUUUCAACAUUUAAAGGUCUACUUUGUACUUUAAAAUUAUUUUUUUAUUUUUUUAGCCGAUGUUUGAAUGCUUACUGUGCUUGAAUACAAAUACAAUAACAGACUUUUGUCUUCAAAACUCAAAAAGAGGGAAGCAUGCAGUGUCAGUUUUGUAUGUAUAUAAUUUUUUAAAAAAUUAUAUGUAUAUGAUUUUUUAAAAAAUCACUGAGAGCACACUGUUUAUGUUGUUCUGUAGCUUAUUUUUUCCCUUAAUAUAUUGUGAACAUGCUGGACUAUUGUCAGUAUAUAUUGCUUUCUUUCCAACAGAGUCAUAUGAAUUGAUUAUAAUUUAUAGGUUAUUUUUAGUUUUCAUCCUUUUUUGUCUUAGUGAAUAUUGUUUCACAUAUAUCCUCAUGAAUUUUGUGCGAGUAUGUAUAUAGGAUAAAUUUUAAGAAGUGAAAUCGCAGGAUCAGGAUAGGUACAAUUUACUCAAAGUGUCCGAUACCUGUUUUCUGUGCUCUUUAUAAUGGUUUUUCUAGUUUUCAGUUGUUACCUUUUACAUUCUGUGGUAUUUAUUUUUCCUUUGUGAUAUUUCUUAACACUUUCUUGGUUGUUUCCGUUUCAGCAGUAUCUAUUCAGCUUUUUCUGCUUCUCACAAGAUUUCGUUUAUUUCAUGGUGGUGUUUUGUACCCUGUGGCUUUCCUGAGCUCUAAUAGCUUACUUUUCAGUCAUGUGGCUUGUCCAUCUCUACUUUCUUUUCUUUGAGCUGCUUAGUAAAACAUUGUCCACGUUCACUUUAUUUGACUCUAGAGAAAAACCCUUAGUGGUUUUCUGUUUAGGACUUGUUUAGUCACCCAGAAUGGAACACAAAAACAAAAAAGCAUUAAGGGAAAAGUUUAUUAUCCUAACAUAAAGAUGUUCAAGGGAAAAAUACUGUAUUUUUGCACCUUUUGUGAAAUCUGUUUGAAAGUACAUCUUCUGUAAUUAUGAAAGAUAGUGAGGAACCCUACUCUCUUUCUCCCUCUGUCUGCCUUUGUAUCUUUUCUAAAGAGAUUUUUGUUUGUUUGCUUUAUCAGAAGUAUGAGUCAUAUCAUCUCAUGCUGGAUUCACUUAUAUGGACUGUUUCAUAGAUAUUCUCUGAUAGAUUUCUUUUCUCUGCAAGGUUAAUGUUUUGCUUAUGUUUUAAGUGAAACACAGAAGUAGUAGAGUAGGAUUCAGCAAGUAUUUUUCUUCAGUGAGUGAAGCAGAGUGUAAAUGUGGGAUUAAAACUAGUUUCUUGAAUUCUAAAAAUAAAUAAUGUGAGUUUUGGGUGGCUUGAGUGUGUUUGGAGUUUUUUUUUUUUUUCUUCAGAGUGUCGUGUGUGUGUGUGUGUGUGUGUGUGUGUGAAUGAUUCUUUGUAGGCUCAUACUAGAUUGUUUAGUUCUCAGCUUUGAGAAGGGUGUCCUAUUUAGGUCUGCCGUUCAGGAAUAUUUCAGGUAGUGAGCUGGGGUAGCACACGGUGUCAGAUACAGAUGUUGUAUCAGAGGCCCCUGGCCUUCCCCGAAGGCCUUGUGACUGCUUCUUGCCUCGGGGGCUUGUCCUGUUGCCGUGUGCACCUUCUGGUGAGGUAAUGGUUCAGUUUCAUGUUUGGUGACGCCGCCAUUGAAUUCAAGUUUAGUCUUUGCUUGUGUUGCCUUUAUUCAGCAGCUGCAAAGGUAAUUGCUGUCUCCCAUCUCUCUUAGCAACUCCAUCUCUUGGGGAAGAUUAGGGGUCAGAGAAAGUGAAGAUGCUUUGCAUGCUGGUUGUCUGUCCUUGCGCAUUGUGUACCAUGGCCAACAUCAUGCCAUGGUGGGAAGGCACUCUCGGGCAUUCAGUCUUUCUGUUUCUGACAUCUGGGGUGGUUCUUAUUGCUAUCACAAAGUGCGAUGAACAGCUUUUCAGGCCUCUGUGCACUCCAGAGAGGAGGGCAAGCGCCUGUGUGCUAGAGUUUGAAGAUCGGGAUUUGCAUCUCAGCCCUCUACUGCUCACUGUGUGGGCCUGGUCUUUAGUGGAUUAACUCUUCAUUGACUACAUACAACAGCAGUAUAGUUAUGGCGACCUUCCAGUCUUUCAGGACCAAUCACAUGAAAACUAGAGCAUCUGUCAGAAAAAGCUUCAAUGAAGAUGUGUUCCAGUCUGUGAAGUCUUUAUUGCAGAGUGAUAAGGAACUAUGCAAUGUAUCAGCUGAGGACUGUUUGAAGCAGGAUGAACAUGCCAAUUUGACUGAGGUCACAUUUCUAGGUUUUAAUGAAGAAACAGAUGCUGCUCAUAUACAGGAUUUGGCUGCAGUUUCUUUGGAACUCCCAGAUCUUCUGAAUUCACUGCACUUCUGCAGUCUAAAUGAAAAUGAAAUUAUUUGUAUGAAGGAUAUAAAUAAAUCAUCAGACAUAAACCAUGAUCCUCUAAGCCAGAGUCAACAUCCUGGAAUGCUUUGUGUCAUGAGAGUGUCACCUACAUUACCAAGACUUAAAAUUGAUUUUAUCUUUAGUCUCCUAAGUAAAUACGCUACUGGCAUAAGGUACACCCUGGACACAUAUUUGCAUCACAAGCACCAACUCGAGGCCACCAAUGAAGACGAUGAUGAUACUAACCAGUCUGUGUCUUCCAUUGAAGAUGACUUUGUCACUGCUUUUGAGCAGUUAGAGGAGGAAGAGACUUCAAAACCAUAUAAUGAUGGAUUAAACAUAAUUGCACUAAGGAGCCAGUGUGAUGCUGCUUCACAGACUAUUUCAGGUCGCCGUUUGGAUACCCAUGGUUUCAGGGUUCUGGUUGGCUCUGAGCAGCAGAAGUCAUUGGCUAAACCUUCAACUUCUUUAAUAAACAUUCUGGAACAUAAAAAACUGCCUCCAGUGAGAACUUCAGUCACAACAUCAGUCACUGAGCCGUGGGUCCAGAGGAGUUUCUAUAGGUCCUUUGCUACUUCAGAGAAAGGUAGUGAUGCCCAGAAACCAUUGUUCUCCUCUUCUCCUGCCUACUCGUCUGACUCAGAGUGCUCAAGUCCAAGUCCUGUUAUUUUCUUGGAUGAAGAAGGUUAUCAAAAAAGUUUGAAAGCAAAACUUGAGUUACCUAAAAUUCCUGUGACAAAAGAUGAUAUUGAGGAUUCAGACUCAGAAGUGAGUGAGUUUUUCGAUAGUUUCGAUCAGUUUGAUGAACUAGAACAAACCUUAGAGACUGCUUGUCCGUUUCUGAAAGAUCUUGCUGUAGGGAAGCCAUCACAAAAGAAAGGGCACAAACAUGAAAAAUUGUGCUCUGUAACCACUACUAUGAAUCCUCAAAAAUUCAAGUUUGAUUGGCCAGCUCUCCCAGCUAACAUUAGGAAGCCAACUCCUCGUAAACCAGAAUCCCCUUACAGUAACCUGCAUGAUGCCCCAGAUUCUCCCCGCCCCGUGAAGGCCUCAGGGGAAGACAGUGGUUUGUUUAGCCCUAUUCGAUCCUCUGCUUUCAGUCCUCUUGGGGGGUGUACUCCAGCUGAAUGCUUUUGCCAAACAGAUAUUGGUGGAGAUAGGAUUCAUGAAAAUCCUGAUUCUCUUUAUUACACCUAUGAAGAUUAUGCAACUAGCCUUUCCUGUGAAGUUCUGGGCUCAGUUCUUCAUAGCCAACAUACUAAUGCAACAUCCAACACUGAUAGUGUUAAAAAGGGAGAAAAUAAAGUGGUAGCUCUUCAGCAUGGAAGCCUUGAUCAAAAAAGUAAAUCUAAAAAUAAAUCCUUAAUGAUUGAUAGCAUUCAGAAGUUUGCAGCAGAUCUCGUGGAAAAAAGUUUUGGCAGUGCAUUUAAAGACUUACAGAAAGGGGUCUCUUCGUGUACCAAUGCCUUGUGCCAGUUAGCCAUCAAAUUGACAUCAUCCGUUUUUCAAAUGGCGUUUAACGAACUGAGAAGGCAACGUGCUUUUUCGCUGAAAGAACGAGCCAUUAGUGGCCUGGCUAGUUUUUUGGUGAGUGAGGCAUUUUCAAAUGCUUUAAAAGAUCUGCAGUAUGUAAAGAAACAGAUCUUCACUAACACCGUCACUAGAUUUGCUGCAGAUCUCGCUGAAGAGCUUGUUUUUGAAGGCAUCAUGGAAGUGUGUCAGUUCUCAUAUCCUCCAGCACCUGCCUCUCUGCAGGGUCGGUCAUUUCACUAUGAAGACAGAGUGGUGAAGUCCUAUGCAAGAGAUCUGUCUGAAUCUGUAAUACAGGAAGCAUUCAUUGAGCUGUCUCAAGUUGAUGUUACCUUCACCACAAAGGCAGCAGUUAGUGUUUCCCCAGAAAACAUAAAGGAUGUGAGCACAGAAGAUGUAGUGCCAGUGACACAGACUUCUGUGUGUUCCCCUCCUUCUAACAGUCAGACAGGUAUGGUGACAAAACCCAUGCAGGAGUAUAAGAAGGAAUACACAGUGCAGCAGGCCUUGUUCUGUACUUCAGGAAUUGUCACUUCAAUACCAGUGCCCUUGGCAGGAAGUGCCCUUCUCCCAUACCGCAUUUCUUCUAAUACGUAUCAGACAAAGUCUCAUCCGUCGUGUGAUGAUAGUCAUUUGAAUGGUGGUCCUACCCCGGCGGGUGUUGCCACAAAAAACAAAGAAGAGGAGCUAGCUUGUCUCAGGAAUAUUUGUUUACCUUCAGACCACAACCCUGGUAGCCAGAGUGAGGUGAAACCAACUAGUGAUGUUGUUGAAACAGAAAGCUCUUCAAAGUUAACAAAUGAUCCUGUGAUUAUUAGCGAUUUUUCUGCCGCACUGGUGCAUACGAUAGUAAAUGAAACUAUAGAUUCAGUGACAUCUUCCAAAGUUGCAAAAACAGAAGAACACACAGAUUGUUUAACUCAAACAGGGAAGGGAAAAACCCCUUCUUUCUACUGGGAUCAAGCGGCACUGCCACAGUGUGAGGCUAGCAAGAAGGACAUGUUUGCCGAACGGUUAUCUAAAUCUAUUAUCAAACAUUCCAUAGAUGAAAGCAAGUCAGUGAUCCUAAAUGUAGAUAAAAAUGUCCUCCUCAAGGAAGACUCGCCUGUUCCUGGAGACGAGUCACAGUUGAUCUUGGAAGAGUUCCCCAAGUUUCUUGAAGCUCAAGAUCAUUUAACUCACUGUUCACUUUCAGAAGGAAAGGAUUGUGUUCCAGAAGGUAAAGGUUCUGUGGCUCCUGGAUUUUCUUUGGCGACACUACCACCUUGUCCAGCGGUGGCAGGCCAGAAACCCAAUCUGAAGGAAAUUGCUAAGGACAAAUCUGUGAAAAAGCAGAAUUUGCAUAAUUCAGCCCUUGAGCCCUUGGCUUUGGGGCAGGAAAACUCUUUUCCCCAUUCACAUGCUUUCUCAUCCACAGUGCUUACCUGUGCAGAUGGUUUGCACUUGGAAGAUAAACAGAAAAUGAGAGAUGGGAACAUAAUACCUGACACCCCUCCAUCAACUCCUCUGGUUCCAUCCCAGGCUCCUUGUGAGUGGGAUAUCAAGAAGUUAACCAAAAAACUUAAGGGGGAGUUAGCAAAAGAGUUUGCACCAGCCACACCACCGUCCACACCUCACAACUCGUCUGUAAGCAGUUUGUCUGAAAAUGAACAAAAUGCAAUAGAAAAAGAAGAGUUCAUGUUGAAGCUCAUGCGGUCUCUCUCAGAAGAAGUUGAAAGUAGUGAAGGCGAAGAGCUGCCAGAGGUGGACGUGAAGUUGGAGCCAGCGGGGAAGAAAGUUCAGUUUGCAGACGCAUUAGCGACACACAUCGUUUCUCUUGCAACCGAAAUGGCGGCUUCCCAUUUGGAUAAUAAAGUGAUUAAAGAAGCCAGGGUGAAAAGCCCUUGCUUAAAUGUGGAGAGUCAAAGAAGCCUAUCUCCUGCUUUUUUAAAUUGCUCAGAUGAAAGCUUACAAGCAUUAUGCAGUUUUGCAGGUGAUAUGGCAGCAGAAGUCAUUACGGAAGCUGAAAAAAUAGCAAAAGUUAGGAGCUCCAUGUUUUUCAGGAGGAAGAGGAACAGUUGUGUUGAUGGUGAUCAAGAUUAUAGGUCAGGAGAGAAGGUGGAUGUAGAGGCUGUAGCACACCCAGGAGGAAUAGAUCCGUUUGUUCUUCCUUUACCACCAAGUUCUUGUCUGUCAGGUCUGACAUACAAGUAUCCCAGCUGUGAAAGUGUGACAGAUGAGUAUGCAGGUCACAUUAUCCAAGUGCUCAAACAGGAAGGUGGCAGUGGUGAGUUAAUAAUGGACCAGUACGCCAACAGACUUGCCUAUCGGUCCGUUAAGUCAGGAUUACAAGAAGCAGCUAAAGCAGCCGAAGUAAAGUGCGGCUCCAGAAUACUCCCUGUGCAAAGCUCACAGGUGAAAACCGAUGAUGAACUGUUACUGUUUUUAAAUAAAGAACACCAGCAAGAAGCAGAUAAAAAAAGACAAAGUAGAAGUGGUGGAAGUUACCUUCAUAAAAACCAGACUUGUGAACGGACACGGGAUAUGUGCAGAAAUGAGUGCUCGGAACUACAUAGUUUUUCAACUUCUCUUGCUCACAGCAUCACAAGAGAUGUUACAAAAGAGCUGAUGGCAUCGACAGGUGGCUUGCCAAAGUCCUUAACAGAUUCUUGCCUUUAUGGAAAAAACGCAUGUGACGGAGAUACUGAGAUUCACGUUGGGCCAGAGUUUCCCAGGUCUCUCCAGCCUUCUUCACAGAAUCACAGAUUUUCUCAGAGUACAGGCAGCUUGAGUGGGUGUGGCUAUGGAGAGACUGUCGUUCAAGCUAUAGAGCAGUAUGCUAACAAAGUCGUGGGCGACACUUUAGAGCUGGGUUUAGGAUCUGCCAUCUUCCACGUGUCUGAAGCCGCAAAAGUGAUCGAUAGGAACACAGAAAAGCUGCCACCCCUGGUGGGUCAGGCUUGCCGAUACUGUGGCCGUAAAGAGCUCCAUGACUGCACUGGAAAUUCGUCUCCUCGCUUUCCCAGGCUGGAUCUGCUUGCUGGUAGUAAGGCAGUUUCUAAUUCACAACUUAGCAACUUCUAUCAGAAAUCUAGGAUUUUUCAUCUCGAUGUCCCUCAGAUUCACGUUGCUCUCGAUAAGAAGACAGUGCUUGCUGAGAAGAUAGUUGCUGAAGCGAUUGAAAAGGCAGAGAGAGAGCUGAGCAGUACCAGCCAGGUAGCUGACAGUGGGAUCGGACAGGAAGGCGUCAGCUUUGCUGAAAGCCUCAGCACAGAGAUACUGACGUCAGCAGUGGUCAGUGCUGGACAGGCCAUCAGCAGUCCAAAGGAAACAGAAGACUUUCAGUCAGCUGAGUCUCUUGGUAGCCAGCAGAUGCAUCUCAGUAUUGGUGAGGACAGUACUGGGAGCUGGUCCAACUUAAGUUUCGAAGAUGAACACCAGGAUGAAAGCAGCAGUUUCCACCAUCUAAGUGAAAGUAAUGGUAACAGCAGUAGCUGGAGCAGUCUUGGUUUAGAAGGAGAUUUGUGUGAGGACAAUUUAUCCUUUCCAACAUCAGACAGUGAUGGGCCAGAUGAUGAAGAAGAGGAGCAUCAGACUGAUGUAGAAGGUUUGGAGCAAGAUGGAAAGACUCUGCUAAUUACAAAUAUUGACAUGGAGCCAUGCACAGUAGACCCCCAGCUAAGGAUUAUUCUUCAGUGGCUCGUUGCUUCUGAGGCAGAAGUUGCAGAACUUUAUUUUCAUGACUCUGCAAAGAAGGAGUUUAUGCAACUUUCAAGACGGCUACAGGAAAAAGGCUGGAAGGUGGGAGACCUCCUGCAGGCCGUGCUUAAAUACUAUGAGGUGAUGGAGAAGAUGUCCAGUGAGGAGAGAUGCAAGUCCCUGUUUGAUUGGCUCUUGGAAAAUGCAUAGAACAAACUCCAAACCAGUAUAUUUUAUUAUUUGUUUUGGGAGAGGAAGAAACAGAUAAAGAUGCAUAGGGUAAAAUUUGAGUAGUGAAUAUUAACAUUCAACGUGAAUUGGGAGGAAAGUAAAUAGUGCUUAUUAAGUGUGUUGUGUCAUCAUAUGGUGUAUAUAGUUCAUAUUUUCAUAAUCUGUCAAAUAUUAUCUUCAUUUAUUCUUCUGUACACAUGUGCAGUGUGUUAAGACCCUAAGAACAUGAAUUUGAAGGAAGGUCUGACUGUGAGACUUUCAGGAACAUUGACUGACGGCAUUCUUUUCGCAUCCAAAUAGUGCUGCUAGAAAUUGCACUGAGGUGGCUGAAGGUGGGUUCCAGGGAUAAAGAGUUAUAAUUUUGCUCCUUUUCAAGCAAAUGGUUUCCUGUUAAUAACAAAUCUGACAUCGAAAAAACAGCAUUGAGGCUAAUUUAUUUUUCUGACAUCUUUUUCUAUUUUUAAAGGUCAAUUUUAUUUUCAUGGUUCAGCUAUUGGUAUUUUUUUGAAUCCCCCUAGUUGUUUAAUUUCUUAUAAACAGUAGUUUAGGUUUCUAUAAAUACUAUAAAUGAUAGUUUCCCAAGCCUUUCAUUAAAUGAUCUUAUUUGCUAAUGUUGCCAAUUGCUCUGGCAUGAAAGUGAGUGAGUGUGUGUGUGUGUAUGUAUGUGUGUGUGUGUGUGUAAAGGAGAACUUUAACCUUGCUAGUGGUGGGUGCCCUCUUUUAUUUCACUCUUUUCUGGUUACAAACCCACUGUUAACAUUAAAAAGGUGCUUUAAAAUAAAAUGUCUACAAAGAUUGUGCAGUAAGAAUUUUUCUUUUUUGACUAUUUUGAGUCCCCAACUUAUUCUUUAAAUGAAAAUAAAGGUGCAAAACAUGUUGAAAUUUUAAAACUUAAUGUUCAUUUGGAAAUGCAUUUAGAGAAGCCCAAUAAUUGUUUCCUCUGUUGGGAUUUUUAAAAAAUCCUUUAGCAAGGAUUUUUAAAUUAAAACUCCACUUUAGCAGGGAUAAGCUUUUUCUAGAAAAAAUGGGACCUUCCCACCAACCCCUUCCCCAGUAAAAUGUAUCUACUAUUUUGUAAAGUCCCCUGAUACGGUCUUUCUUGGGCUCUGCAUUUUGUACCACUCGUCUUUAGUAGCUGCGAGUUGACUUGAAUAGAGGACCAGGAUUGUGUUUUAUGUGAGGGUAUGUGUGUGUGAAUUUUUGGUUCUUCCAUUAGCAGAUUUUUAAUUGAGAGGAAAUCAUUUUUUUGUUGGAGGCUUUGGUUUUGCUCUCACUUUUUCUUUUUUUUCCUGAGAACUGACUCUUCUGGAAGCUGCACAAAGUAUCGAGGACAGUAGCACCUGCCGGGGGACAAGGAACAGGGCACUUGCAUUGAUUUGAAUUAUAGUUAUGGCAGAGAAAUAAUUGCUUCUUAAGAAAAAUGCCAAAAUCUAUUUAAAUGUUUUGAGGUUACACUUACAGAAGCUUCUAUUUUUCUCAAUUUAAGAUGAAGAAAUAGAACAGGCCUUAAAAAUAAAUUUUCUAAAGUUUCUUCGGGUAUUUUUUAAGGUUGGAGAAAUGUAGGAAAUGUAUGUAAGCAGAAUUGAGUCUGUCUGUAGCUUCUUAGAAUUUGAUCUGCAGCAGCACUGGACUAGGUUCUUAAUUGUUAGGAAGCAGGUUGAUAUAACAUAAAUUAAUUGAUUAUUAAGCUUAGGUUGAAUUUUUACAAGUGUAUAGCUAUCAAAUUAUGUUUGGUAUCUUUAGUGUGUGUACGGGUGUUAUUAACAGCAGUUCUGAAUUUCUUUUAAGCUAAAAUGACAAUAUGUUCUGUAGAACUCUACUUGAAAAUGUUGAUUUCCUGUAUGGUAAGAUUUUCCUCCUGUCUUUGUUUUUGUUCGUUUUCUGGAGCUGUGCUGUAUUCCGAUUUCCCUGUUCAGCCACUGUGGCCCAGCAGACCAGUCCUCGGACACUAGCGUGUGUAGUGCUGAUCACAGUGGAGCUCCACAAGUAUUGGUUCAGUGCAGGGAUGUAGAGAAAAAUGUUAAACGCUGGCAAACAUGAAAAGAAGCGGGGGUUAAGCCUCCUUACAUAGAGAGAGAGCUUUGGAGUUUAGAACAGUAUCUUUUAAUCAAGAACAGUCUAAACUUACUUCGUUUAAAGGCACUUUGUGAUUUUUCCAAAGAUGUAGAUCUAUUUGGUUGCUUAGCCUUCAGAACAGAUCUGUUUGUUGAGGAUGACUCUGUCUUAUUUUGUUAAAAAUCUAUUUGAUGUAAUUUUAUUAUGAUACUGUAAUAGUGCCAUUCUGCAUACUUUGGCCCUUAUGAAAUAUCAUGUCUUAUUCAGAACUGUUAAAGUUGUGACGUGCUUUGGGUUGAAUUUUCUGUUUUAUCAGUUUCAGAACCAUUGGAGAACUGUGAAAAAAAAGUGAAGGAGGACUUGGACGGGGUUUUAGAAUAUUGUUUCAGACAGAAUUUUUUUUUCCAAGCCAAGUUUAAAAUUCCAUUUAUAUUUGGGGUAUUAACUCAUUUUGAUUUUGAUUUAUUUCCUGAUUUUCACAGAAGGAAUGAUUCAUUUAUAAAUCACAGAAGAAAAUUACAGUAUCUAUGGGAUGGUUUAACACAGUUUAAUGGUUUAAUGGAGUUUUAAAAUUUUUGAGAACAUUUACUUAGUGAAUAUAUGUGAUAACAUCUUCAUAGUUUGACAACCAUUCCAUUUACCCUUUUAGAUAUUUGAUAUGAAUUAAUUUAACUCAUAAUACUUUCAUUUUGCUUAAAUAAAGGUUUUAUUUUGCUGGUAGGAGAAGUUAGUUACUUAUUAAAUGCACCAGGUAUAAAGUAAAAGAUGGUUUACCCACGUGGUUUUAAUAUCAUGCACAUUCCCCGGAUGCAAUGUUUAACCUUGACUCAUUACCAGGGUCUAGAUUCAGAUUAGUAAAUAUUACUCUCUCACAAUUAAAAUGAUCAAUUUCCCAUCAGUCUGUUGCUUUAAAUUUUUUUUUUCCAAGGGAAACUUUCCACAGAAUUAAGAAAAAUAAUAAUGCAUCCAUAUUCAGGGUGUAGGGAAAAUCCUUUCCAUUUCAAACUCUGUCCACCCGUCACCAGCACGAGCGAAGUAGAGCUCCCGUGGGAAUUACAAAGCUGUGCUCAAGUGAAAUGCUUUUUUUCUCACUCUUGUUUGAGGCCCUGCGUACAUUGACUCACCGUAUUCCUGCUUUGGAGAUGCAGAUGCAGUGUUGGUCACACUUGUCACUUUAUUUAUUUAUUUUUUUCCUAUCAUAUGUGUACAUUCCUUUCACAUGGGUAGAAUCAUAGUUCUAGAAGUUCAUUGUUUUGUUUUUUGUUGUAGUGUUUGAACACUAUUUAAUUUCAGGUUUUAAUAUUGCUGGAUUUGCUACCUUUUGUUACUUGUGCAGUGUUAAUAGUAAUAAUUCACAUUCUUGUUUAAUAUACCAGCUAUAAAGCAAAAGCAGCUUUGAAUAAUUAUAGCUGUUUAUUUGACUGUGCUGAAUUAUUCCAUUAAGAUCUUGUAUAACAGUAACUUUUUUCUUUUGCUUUUUCAGUAAUUUGUUCAUUUAUCAAAAUAUGAACUUCAGGAUGCACUAAAAUUUUGUUUUUGCAGUGGCUCAAAAAUAAACAUUUCAGAAAUUA